GACGUGGAAAUAUAUUUAGAUUGGUGUAAUCCCUGUCGGAAUUCCAGGAAUUCUAAAAUUAACAAAAUUUACAGCUUGUUUCCUACAUUUGCUACAAAAAUUUGAGAUAAUUUCAGCUGUAACCACGACACGUGUUUGUGCUAGACCUGGCAACCCUGACUACAGCGCUAAUCGGUGGUGUAUGCAUGAGGAGGCGGUCCGAGGCCUACAUCCAAACUGCUCUCGCUUCGGAUAAUUCAUCGACUCGGCUGUGUUUUAUAGACAAAAAACAACAUUUGACGAGUUUUUUUUAAUUAGUUUAUCACUCUCCUGCAAGUGUGGCAUUAAAAUUGCUGCACUUUCUUCAAUUUUGAGGAUUUUCUUUUGCAAACUGCGCGGAGUUUUGAAAGCUAGCCAAGCUAGGUUCUUAGCUAGCAAAACAAAAACAAACAAGAAAGAGGGGUUUUCAGUUUAAACACUUUCUAAGAAACGUUUAUAAAUGGUUAAUUGAAGUAUUUCAGGAUUAAAGCGAGUAUUUCUCUCUGAAUAACUGUUAAAAGGUAUAAGCGUCAUUUUAUGUUAGUUUGUUUUUGUUUUAGCUAAAGUAGCUAACUAUCUAGCUAGAUAAGGUUAAGCAGCUACGGCUGCCUGAGAAAACAUUUUGUUGGAGAAAUAAGUGUAAAUUACAGUUUAAUUUACAGUUUAAUCCCUUAAACAUCAUUCAUUUGUAAAGGAUACGACGUGAAUUGCAAUUUAACCCUAAAAUCACAAUUUUACAUUAAAAAAAGCUCAGUGUAAGUUUAAGUAAACAACAUGAGAGGCAGCUCUUCGUACGGGGACAGAGACAGAGACCGUGGACGGGACAGAGGACCCCGCUUUGGAUCCAGUCGUGGAGGUCCCCCUCCUCCUAAGAAGUUUGGGAACCCUGGAGACCGACUGAGGAAGAAGAAAUGGGACCUUAGUGAGCUGCCAAAGUUUGAGAAAAACUUCUACAGCGAGCACCCAGAGAUCCAGCGCAUGAAUCAGUAUGAGGUAGAAGAGUUUCGCAGAAAGAAAGAGAUCACUGUCAGGGGCUCUGGGUGCCCGAAGCCAGUGCCAAACUUCCACCAGGCACAGUUUCCUCAGUAUGUGAUGGAUGUACUGCUGCAGCAGAAUUUCAAGGAGCCCACAGCCAUUCAGGCACAGGGGUUCCCACUGGCUCUCAGUGGCAGGGACAUGGUGGGCAUUGCACAGACUGGAUCUGGCAAAACGCUGGCCUAUCUGCUUCCGGCCAUUGUGCACAUCAACCACCAGCCGUACCUGGAGAGAGGAGAUGGACCCAUCUGUCUGGUUCUGGCUCCAACACGUGAACUGGCACAACAGGUGCAGCAGGUGGCGUAUGACUACGGCAAGUCUUCCCGAAUCAAGAGCACCUGUGUGUAUGGAGGAGCCCCUAAGGGUCCACAGAUCAGAGACUUAGAGAGAGGUGUUGAGAUUUGUAUUGCCACCCCUGGUCGUCUGAUUGACUUCCUGGAGGCAGGGAAGACGAAUCUGCGCCGAUGCACCUACCUGGUGUUGGACGAGGCAGACCGCAUGCUGGACAUGGGAUUCGAGCCCCAGAUCCGCAAAAUUGUAGAUCAGAUCCGGCCGGACAGGCAGACACUGAUGUGGAGCGCUACCUGGCCUAAGGAGGUGCGUCAGCUGGCAGAGGACUUCCUCCAUGACUACAUCCAAAUUAACAUCGGGGCCCUGGAGCUCAGCGCCAACCACAACAUCCUGCAGAUUGUGGACGUCUGCAUGGAGAACGAAAAGGACAAUAAGCUGAUUCAGCUGAUGGAGGAAAUCAUGGCAGAGAAAGAGAACAAGACCAUCAUUUUUGUCGAGACAAAGAAACGCUGUGAUGAGCUGACUCGCAGGAUGAGGAGAGAUGGAUGGCCGGCAAUGUGCAUUCACGGUGACAAAAGUCAGCCAGAGAGAGACUGGGUCCUUUCGGAAUUCCGCAGUGGUAAAGCUCCCAUCCUUAUCGCUACAGACGUCGCCUCGCGUGGACUGGAUGUGGAAGAUGUGAAGUUCGUCAUUAACUACGACUACCCAAACUCUUCAGAGGACUAUGUGCACCGUAUCGGGCGUACUGCCCGUAGUACCAACAAAGGCACAGCCUACACAUUCUUCACACCCGGAAACCUACGGCAGGCCCGUGACCUGGUGCGGGUUCUGGAGGAGGCCCGGCAGGCCAUCAACCCCAAACUUCUGCAGCUGGUUGACUCUGGACGCGGGUCAGGAGGAGGAAGGAUGCGUUACCGUGGCUCCAACUCCAACAACCCAAACCUGAUGUACCAGGAUGAGUGUGAUAGGCGCAUGCGCUCUGUCGGUGGAAGCGGAGGCAACAGUAGCAAGGACAACCGGGGCGGCAGCAGCUACAGCCGAGACGGGCGCUCAAGCCGUGACGACAGAUCUUCCUCCUCGUCUUCGUACCGAGAUCGCAGCCGGGACGGUCGGAAUAGCUACAGCUCCGGCGAUCAGUACCAGAACUACAACAGCAGCGGCGGGGGAGGCUACAGCGCACGGGCAGGUGGAGUGUCACAGUCAGGUGGUGGCAGUAAUAGUGGGCCAGGCGGAGGGCAGCAGAACCAGUCGGGACCACCACAGGGCCCAUUUAAUCAGGGUCCUCCCCCACCACCACAGUCUGGGACCGGACCAGGACCACAGCCCCUGAUGGCCCAGCAGUUUGCCCCGCCUCCACCACCUCAGCCCAUGAUGGGAUUUAUGGGUCCAGGGCCGUACUCGUUCGGUCCCCCUCCACCACCCCCACCUCAGCAGCAGAGAAAGUAAAACUUUUUAUUUAAAAGAGAAGUCAGAUUGUGUCACAUUUGUCUAGUAGUGGUUGUUAAUCACUCCGGAUCUACUACCAGAAUGAAGAAAGCUCAGUAGAGUUAAGUGUUCGUCUUUAUUUGUAGACCUUUCCUUCCACUCUGUCUUGAAGAAGUGUUUUGGCUUCAUGUUUUGAGCAGGCCAGUCAUUCAGGGAUUGUGGAGGUAAGGGCUACGCAUAUUGCAUUAUCUGUUCGUGUAUCAGCUACAUAUUGCAAGCUUUUGUGCUUUGUCUGUGGAACUGUCUAAGUGGAACACAAUCUCAGAUGGAGCAACAUUUUGUUUAGUUAAGAACCAGGUUUGCAUAGGAGAAUAAAACUUUUACCAGCAUUAGGCUACUAGUUAGUACUUCUGCAUGUUGCUUUUCAUUUAGCAUAUUUUGCUUUUACAGCUUCUGGGUAACUAUGAUUUUUACUGCUCUAACUAGUCCACUGUACUGUAUAAUCAUUUCUCUUAUUAGCUGGUUUAGGCAUGUUGUUUUUGUUAGCCCAGUAGUAGUACAGAAAUUUACAUUGAUCAUUUUGAUGGCAGCCAUUUUUGUGAACAUGCCACUGAUGUACAAUAGGUUGAAUAAGCUAGUUUGGGAUUUGUAUCCUGCUUUGAUUAUUUCUACUGUUUCAUUUUUAAUAAAGGGUGUUAACCUUAAAAAAAA